CUUUGGCAGAAUUCUAAUAGUAGCCAUUAUUUUUGUAAAUUCAGGGAUCAAAAUGGGCAAAUUUGUUAUUAGAGGAGAAAAACGAAAUGAGGAAAAUGCCAAUGAAGGAACACAUUGCAAACAUCAAGAGUUGUAGCAUCAGCAGCGAAGGCUGAAAAUCCUUCCGCUUGUUUCCUGAAGCAGGUCAACGGUGGAUGUGUUGAAAAGGUGACUGACUGCGCAGAUGGUGCUACACGUCUGGCUUCCUGUGCAGUGGGAGACGGGUUAAAAGGUUGUCAGAGUCUUCCUCAAGGCUUUCGGCUGACGCGGACACGUGUUUCCCUCCUGUGAUCUUGCUGGAGCCGUGUGUGUUGUGCAGGGUGCGUCAGGAGGCAUUUGGAUCUAGAAAAUCUCUGAAUGAUGCAGGAGGUGUGGAGCAGCGCCGUGACCUGGCCUCCAGGGAAAGAGACCUCCUCCAGACAGACCUCUACCUGCUAUGGAUGCUGGUCUGGGAACUCCUGCCCAUGGAGACAGAAACGGCCCUCACUCUGGCUCCAGGGCCCCCACCCACGCCAGGAAUUACGCCAACACCAAAGGGUCAGGGGCUCAAACUCUGAGAGACUGCUGGGGUGUGUUUAUGAACGCUGUCUCCGAUGGUAAAGAUCAACGGCGGCUCUCGCCACAACGCUGUCCCGCUUUCCCGUGGCACGAGAGGCUCACCUUGAGAGUGAGAAUUCCUUCUCUGAUCAGCACACGACCAGCGAUGUCCGAGCUAAUGUUUGCCUGAAUGCAGCCUGUAUCGCCUUGGAGCACCUUUCUCUCUCUCUUUCUGGUUUAAGUUUCCAUUAGGGACUCGGCGAGACCCACAGCGUCAGAGCCCAUUCAAUCUAUUGUUAAUCGAGAGCGUCUACAAUCAAAGUGUGGAGUGUUUGGGUCAGAAGCCUCAGCCAUUGUGGCCUACCCCAGGGCAAGAGUGUGGCCCCCAGGGACGCAAGCUCACCAACCUCCUUUACGCCGCACCGCUAUGAGGUUUAGCCUGGGGACUCGAGUGCUUCAAAGAGCUAAUGACCAUCUCCAAAAAUAUUUGCUUGAUUGAGUGCGUGGUUGACUUGAAGUCUACCUUUUUUCUCAUAUCGAUCCACAGUACGAAGAUAUACCCCACUAUGGGAUGGACGGAGUAGGAAUCCCGAGCACGAUGUACGGGGACCCGCACGCUGCCAGAUCCAUGCAGGCUGUUCACCUGAAUCACGGGCCCCAGCUCCACUCCCACCAGUACCCGCACACAGCCCACACCAACGCCAUGCCGCCCAGCAUGGGCUCAUCCGUCAAUGACGCUCUAAAAAGAGAUAAAGACGCCAUUUACGGGCACCCUCUGUUCCCACUUCUAGCACUGAUUUUUGAGAAAUGUGAAUUAGCCACUUGCACACCUAGAGAGCCCGGUGUGGCUGGGGGCGAUGUGUGUUCAUCAGAGUCUUUCAAUGAAGAUAUAGCAGUGUUUGCAAAACAGAUUCGAGCAGAAAAGCCGCUAUUUUCAUCAAAUCCUGAGCUGGAUAAUUUGAUGAUACAAGCCAUUCAAGUUUUACGGUUUCAUCUUUUGGAGCUCGAAAAGGUACAUGAACUUUGUGACAAUUUCUGUCAUCGGUACAUCAGCUGUUUGAAGGGAAAGAUGCCCAUCGACUUGGUUAUAGACGACAGAGAAGGAGGAUCAAAAUCAGACAGUGAAGAAAUUACAAGAUCAUCGGGGCCCCUUGAUCAGACCUCAUGGAACAGAGACCAUGAUGAUACAGCUUCUACACGCUCCGGGGGCACACCGGGACCAUCCAGCGGAGGACACACAUCACACAGCGGUGACAACAGCAGCGAACAAGGUGACGGGCUGGACAACAGUGUGGCGUCACCCAGCACAGGAGAUGACGACGACCCCGACAAGGAGAAGAAGAGGAAUAAAAAACGGGGCAUCUUCCCUAAAGUGGCGACCAACAUUAUGAGGGCAUGGCUCUUCCAGCACUUGACGCACCCCUACCCUUCAGAAGAACAGAAAAAGCAACUGGCACAAGACACCGGACUCACUAUACUACAAGUGAACAACUGGUUCAUUAACGCAAGAAGAAGAAUAGUGCAGCCCAUGAUCGACCAGUCCAACCGAGCAGUAAGUCAAGGAGCUCCCUACAACCCAGAUGGUCAACCCAUGGGAGGCUUCGUGAUGGACGGCCAGCAGCACAUGGGAAUCAGACCACCUGGACUACAAGGCAUGCCAGGGGAUUACCUGUCACACAGUGGCCCGGUGGGUAUGGCUAUGGGGCAACCAGGCUACAGCGCCUCCCAGAUGCCCCACCACCCUGCUCAGUUGCGGCACGGCCCUCCCAUGCGUUCCUACAUCCCUGGACACCCCCACCACCCAGCGAUGUUAAUGCACGGAGGACCGCCACACCCUGCCAUGCCCAUGUCAGCCUCUAGCCCCCCUAUGUUCAAUCCAGGAGACCCUAACAUGGGAGGACAAUUCAUGGACAUCCAUGCCCAGUAAUUUACUAAAACGGAUUCUUUAAAUGACUGCGAUGGACAGAUGAGGAGCUGCGAUUGGUUUUUCUGGGGCUUGCGAAGCACCGAUUACAUACUGACUUGUUACAGAGACUGAGGAGCUUGCAUCUUGGCUAUAAAUUCGGACCAAGAAAGAAGCAGAUUUCUGUAUACUAUGGGACACUUUAAAAGGAGGUGCCCUUUGCUUAGACACAAAAAGAAAGAAAGAGAGAGAAAGAAAGAUUGAAUUUAUUACUAUAUCAGCCUCUAAAGGGGAGGGAUGAGGACAUACUGUAUACUGUUGUAAAAUUGCAUUGGACUUUCAUAAGAACUGGGAAAAAAGUAUUGUAAAUGCUAUCGUAUUGUUCUGCAUAUUAUGCUGUUUCUAAUAGAUUUUUUUUUAAAAAGGAUGUGAACUUUUUUUCUUUCCACACUAUGUGUGUGCCAUCUCCAUAGACUUUUGGCCUCCUCCAUAAAUCACUUUGCGUUUAAACAAGAAAAAAAUAUAUAUGUGAAUAAAUCAAUAAUUCAUUGAAUACAUGUUUGCCAGGCCAUUUUUUUUUUUUGUCUUGUGGGAGGGCGGAUUUUCCAAGACCCAUCAUGGCCUUAGGAAGAAACUGAGUGAUAUCUACCUGUCUGAGCCACAUCCUCCUGCCUUUCUGGAGGUCUCCAUUUUGCAUUCCCAAUUUGUACAUCAUAACUGAACUGGCCCAACAUCACCAUUGGAACCAAUGAAAAUUAUUUUCACUUAUCUUUACUGGAUGUGUGAGAGGCUGAAUGUGAAGAACAAGCAAGCGUAAAUGAUUUUGUGUGUGUGUGUGUGUGUGUGUGUGUGUGUGUCUGUGUAUAAAGCCAACCCAUCAAACUUUCAGAGUUUAAGUUAUAAAUGGGAUUUGGGAUUCAUAUAUGCUUUUGAUUAAGCAAACCUGUUUUUUGGGAUAUUGAUUUAACGUGUUGCUAUCACUUGUUUGAAUUUUGAAGAGUUUAUGUAUACAUUGUAAAUGAAUAAAUUUUGUGUAAAAAGAGGG